AUGAAGCUCGCACUUCCCCUCACGCUCUUGUCGCUAUCUCAUAACCUAGCAGUCGCGCCCGUAACCCUCGGCGCCCCUAGCACCUCUACCCUCUCCAAACGCCAGACCAACGUCCCCCUGCGCAUCCUCCCCCUGGGUGACUCCAUCACCUAUGGCUAUAUGCAGGGCCAAUCCACAAACGGCUACCGCCAGGAACUUCGCGAGAAGCUCAUCGCAGCAGGCAAAACUGUCGACUUCGUCGGCACCCUCCGCUCCGGCAACAUGGCCGACAACGAGAACGAGGGCCACUCCGGCUGGGUCAUCAGCCAGGUCAGGGGCGUUAUCCAGCCAGCCAUAGCGCUGAAGCCCAACGUCGUGCUCAUCCAUCUCGCGACCAAUGACUUGAACCGCGGCAACAAUCCCCCGGAGCCAGAUGCACAGGCGCCGACGAGGCUGGGGGCGCUGAUUGAUGAUAUCCUGGCGAAGUUGCCGAAUGCGGCGAUUUUUGUGGCCAAGAUUGUGCAGACGACUAAUGGCGGGUUGCAGCAGAAGUUCAAUACGUAUAACGCUGCGAUUCCGGGCGUGGUCAAGGCGAGGACAGAUAAGGGGUUCAAGGUGUUCGUUGUUGAUCAGAGUGUUGUUGGUGGGAGUGAGCUGAGUGACUAUUUGCACCCGAAUGCGGCUGGAUAUAAGCAUAUGGGUGAUAUCUGGGCUGCUGCUGUGCUUAACAACACUGCGAGCAUUACUGCGCCACCUUCUUGA